AUGUCAGAAUGCUCCAUUACUACACCUCGGCUAUCUAAUGAGGCCAUUUUGACGGAACAGUUGCAGUCGAUAGCCGAACAAUCAGUGCUCAGAGAUGGUCUACAUGAAUCCAGUCUCAAUGCUGACCCAGGCUCUUGGUUCUUUGGGACUGGGAUGGAUAUCGAUGCUUUGGAUUUUACCUUGUCAUCCGCCGUGUCAGAGUGGGCGCAGCUGCCUCCGCAAAUAUGUGCAUUUAACUCAGGCGACGCGUCCACUUACCACCCACACCCAUUGAUGCGCUCAGUAGCAAUAUCAACAGAUGCUCAGGAGCUACCAGCCAACCGUGUGAGGCAGGUAUGGUUCACGCAGCUACCGAUUGAGGCAGGAGCACAAAACAUACCGGCAAUUUCCACUCACCAUGGUGGUUCUUUUGGUCAGGGAAACAUUGUGGCAGACGAGCAUUACAGGGCGGGCCUAUUGCGGACACUGCAGCCUCGGAUGCAUGAUGAGAGCCUCCCCUCGUCGGACCAACUGAAUCUCUUCGUGAACCUCUUUUUCAGCCGUUUCAAUUCUCUUCUGCCCGUUGUCCAUUUGCCUUCUUUUAAGCCCACCUUGGAAAAUUCCCUCCUCUUUGUCUCUAUUUGCUCUGUUGGCAGUCUUUUCGCAGGAUCAGCCUCUGCUGUCGCUCAAGGAACUCGUCUAUUUGAGAGACUGAACAAAGCCAUAUUGGCAUCCUGGGAGUCAAUUCUCUCGCAAAGCCGCUCUAACGCGCUGUCAAUGGUGCAAGCAGCUGUACUUGGCCAGACUUUUGCCAUUUUAUCGGGCAGCCCCAAGACCCUUGUGCUGGCAGAUGUGCUGCAUGGCACAGUUAUGGCAUGGGCACGGGAGUCUAAUAAAAACGCGCAACAAGUCCCCCACGAUCCGGAAAGGUUGGAUCCAAGUGGCCCGGACUUAGCUGAGCAGUGGAGCCGGUGGGUUGAUCAUGAACAGCGAAAACGGGUGGAGAUUGCAUUGAAUAUUCAUGAUGCGGAGCUGGCUGGUCUUCUACACCACGAGCCUCUCCGUAAGCAUCAACUUAGACAUUACCCACGUAUAGCUUCCGAUGCAUUGUUCAUGGCACCCACUGCGCCACAAUGGGCCGCGCUUUACAAAAGAACGUCGACGCAGGGCUUGACGUCUGUUAUUGGAGAUAAUGCACUUCAAACGAGCGUGGCGCACUCUAGAUUCUCGGCAUACGGAGUCCUAGAGAGUAUCGGUGCGCAAGUUAUUGAGCUUCGACGCUCAAGUACGUUCGACGAUUAUGAAUCAAGACGAUUUUCUAGCAUCCUCAUGCAGUGGUGGAGGAUAUAUACCAAUCACUUCUCUCUCGAUACGGACGAUCAUUUUAGCUUACCAGUUCUGUGGCACUUGAUUUUUAUCAGUAUCUACGCAGAUAUAGACUUACUGGAACGAGUAAGCGGUCGCGACGGUGAGAGGUCCGCCAGCUCCAGUACUCCUCUUAUCCAAUCAUGGGUGACGUCGCUCGAUGCAAGCAGGUGCCUACUACACGCGUUACUGAUCCAGCGGCACCUUGAGCGGAUGCGGGUGUCAUCAGAGCCUGCAAUCCAUAUACCUCGAGCUCUUUUCACAGCAGCUCUGGCAUGGUUUUGCUUUACUCGCGUUGGCGGUGGGCAUACAAUUGAUACCAAUGCAUUUGACGCUCCCGAGAUCCGCUUAGUAGAGAAUUUUGCGCGUCCCUAUGACGCUCAUUUACGGAGUUUCAGCGAGGCUACUUCUGCCAUCGUCAGUCACCUUCACCGCUUGAUUGACCUUCUGGGUCGAUUUAGCAGAUGGGGCAUCUCGAAGUCUUUUUCCUCAGUUUUGUGUGCUGCGUUGGAGAGUAAACAAAGUAUGUAA